AACAGCAUACACAUCUAUAUCCCCGUCGAAUCACCCUCGUCGAACAUAUCCACCGUCAAAAUGUCCACCAUCGCCGCCAAGUCCAUCAAGGCUCUCGCUCCUCUGCUCGACCGUGUCCUUGUCCAGCGCAUCAAGGCCGAGACCAAGACCGCCGGUGGUAUCUUCCUUCCUGAGUCGGCCGUCAAGGAGCUCAACGAGGCCAAGGUCCUCGCUGUUGGCCCCGGUGCCUUCGACCGUGACGGCAAGCGCAUUGCCCCCUCUGUCCAGCCUGGUGACAAGGUCUUGAUCCCCCAGUUCGGUGGUUCGCCCAUCAAGGUCGGCGAGGACGAGUACUCGCUCUUCCGCGAUCACGAGCUCCUGGCCAAGAUCAACGAGUAAAUUACAUGAUACCCCCGAUCCUUCUCUCGACGAAAACAUACCCACAUAUACUUGUAUCAACAUCACACGUUCUGACGAUCUGCGCAAUGACCGCUCGGCUGAGCACAUCAAGAGUCUGAAGAGCACACAAAACUUGUAGUAUAUCAUAACUUCCUUCUGUUG